AUGUCGGCCGCCGUGGUCCAACAAGGCCUCCAGGCCAAGGGCAUCGCAGCCCUAGAGGUGCACCGGAUGCACCGCAAAUCGCGUUUGUCACGACGUGGCAUUCAGUACGAGAUGGUCCUCGCCAUCUUAGCUACCCCGCAGACGUGCGUUAAGUGCCUCGGCGAACACGGCACGUCAGAGUGCCCGCGCCCUAAAGAUAGGACUCAGUGCACGGAGCCGCCUUCGUGCACUAACUGCCGACAAUCUGGCCAUCCAGCCAAUUACCGGGGGUGCCCACGGGCACCCAAAUACAAGUCCAAUUAUAGGACCAAUCAGGCCCCUAAGGCCAAGGCCCCUCAGGCCGAAAAAUUCGUUUUGGCCCCAGCCCCGACACGUAACCCGUGGUUUCCCGCCACGGUACGUGCCGACUCGCGUCCCCAGGCCCAGGGCGGUGGUUCUCCCGGAGGAUCUCCCGCCACCCCGGCCACAACACCAGCAGCGGCGGCCACUGUUCCCGCUCCCGUCCCAACGCCCUCGACCUCCAAGGCUACCUCUUCCAAGGUAGUCAAGUCGAAGGCUCCCGCACCAUCCAAACCUCAGGUGGCGGCGACUCCGGCGUCUAGCGGCGCGGCUUCUCCGUCCCUCUCCUUCUCUCUGGUUUCCCCAGAGAUCAUCGAACUCCACGCGCUCAUUCACGAUUGCGCGUCAAAAAUGAAGGCACUGGGUCGCUCUGACUCAGUCCUUUUCGCCCAAAUUUAUAACGCGCAACAGCGCAUCUACCAACUCACGAUUGAAUCCAUUUUCUCUCCGUAA